AUGAAGACUACGUUGCUCGCCCUCUGCCUUGUCUUUGCCUUCAUUACACCCGUCAAAGCUGGUGUUGUGGUUGACACUGAUGGCGACUUCAUCAUAAAUGGUGGCCCAUACUACAUCCUCCCAGCGGUUGGCAGUGGCGUCGGCCUUGCCGCUACCGGCAACGAAACUUGCCCUCUUAGCGUCGUUCAAACUUCCGAACGCGCCAACGGUUUGCUCACCGCACUUUCUUCUCCAUGCUUUUUCUAUUUUCUCCCAACAGACUUAAAUGCAGAGUUCACCGUCGUUGCACCACCAAAGUGCACGACCAAACCAGCCAAAUGGAGGGUGGUCAUCGGAAAAGAUGUGGCAAAGCAGCAAGUGAAACUUUAUGGGUACCGAGACACCCUAAACAACCCUUCAUCCUCUCUUCUCUACACACCAAGAGCAACGAAGACCACCAUGCUUGCCCUCUUCCUUCUCCUUGCCUUCGCCUCUUCGGCCACAGCUGGUGUUGUUCUGGACACAAAUGGCGACGCGGUUGAUAACAACGGCGCCGCCUACUACAUCCUCCCGGAUAUUUUUGCAAAAGGCGGAGGCUUAGCCCUAGCCAGCACCGGCAACGAAACUUGCCCUCUUACCGUCGUGCAAUUACCAUCGGAAGUCCAAAACGGCUUGCCUCUGAGAAUUUCGUCUCCAUUAAGAAUUGCAAUCAUCAAAACAGACAUGAGUGUGGAUAUCUCCUUCAUUGCUGUACCAUUAUGUGCUUCUACACCGUCCAAGUGGACCGUUGUUGAGGGCGAGGAAGGCACAAAGUCGGUGAAAAUCACUGGGUACGGUAACACUUUGAAGGGUUGGUUCAGGAUUCAGAAUUACAGUCGCUUGGCGUAUAAGAUUGUGUUCUGUCCCACUGAUGCUGAUUCUUGUGAAGAUGUUGGGAUUUCAACGGAUGAUGAUGGAAAUAGGCGUUUGGUUAUCUCUAAUGGCAACCCUUUCGCUGUUGUGUUCGUGAAAGCUACAUCACUUGAAGCUUGAUGAGUCUAUAUAUAAAAGUAUCAAAUCGUCUAUCAAUAAGAUCAUUUGAAUGAUAUUUCCCUG